ACUCCGGGUAUACUCGUACAAAUUUUUUUCAGUACUCCACAAGACUCAGACCCGCCGCUACUACACAACUCCACUCGACAUCGACAGACCUCUUUCGUUUUCAGUUUACCGUGCGUUUACUUGUUUUUGUUGUAUUAUUUGUCCGUACAAGUUCAGUUUCGGUUUCGCUUCAGUUCGAAUCGAACGGGCGUCGCGCCCGGUCAGGACUUGCUGGGGCCGAGCCAGGCGAAGCGCGCGCGAAUGUGCGAUAGAAUUCGAAAAAGGGGACUCCACUACAUGGCAAUUUGAAAUUCCGGAGACCGGAUCAGAAUGGACCAGGCCGGGCCGGCGGGCUUCUCCAAGCCGAAAUUGAAGGUGAGCGCCAACAAGAGGCCGGAUUCGCUCAAAUUGGAGCUGUUGAGUAUACCGGAGAAUACGUUUGUCAAUCGAUUUGCCAACGGGAACGAGACGAGCAAGUUGGUCAACGUCGGGUUUAGGAAUAUUAGUUAUAAUGUUACCGAAGGGGUGUUCAGGAAAAAAAAUCGUGUGAUAUUAGAUCGAAUAAGUGGUGAUUUUACGGGCGGAGAACUGACUGCAAUCAUGGGACCUUCCGGAUCCGGAAAAUCGAUAUUACUGAACAUUUUGGCUGGAUACACGACGAAGGGGGUCGAAGGGGACAAAUUAGUAAACGACCAGUUAAGAAACGAAGCCGUAUUUCGCAGGAGGUCCUGCUACAUAAUGCAGGACGAUGAUCUGCAGCCGCUGCUCACCGUCUCCGAAGCCAUGAGCAUAGCUGCUAGUCUAAAAAUGACCUCAAAAUACACCCAAAUGGAAAAAAAAUCUCGGAUAAGAGACAUCCUGGAUUCGAUGGGUUUGUGGCACCAUCGCAAGACCCGCACGAGCGCCCUAUCCGGAGGAGAGAAAAAAAGACUAUCCGUAGCGUUAGAGCUGCUCAAAAAUCCCGACAUCAUGUUCUUCGACGAACCCACCAGCGGUUUGGACAGCGUGGCUUCGAAGCAAUGCGUGUUGCUGCUGAAGCAAAUGGCCAUAUCCGGCAAAACGAUCAUCUGCUCGAUACACCAGCCGAGCGCGCCGAUUUUCGAAAUUUUCGACCACCUCUACCUCAUCGGCAACACCAAGUGCUUGUACCAAGGCAGCGUCAAAGGCGUCCUGCCCUACUUGGAGCAAUGCGAUCUCAAGUGCCCGACCUAUCACAACCCGGCCGAUUACCUGCUAGAAGUGGCCAGCGGCGAGUACGGCGAUUACGCCGGCAUCCUGGCGGAGAAAUCGGAGAACGGGAUGAACCCCGAAUGGCGGAAGACGCAGAGGAGCUCCUUGCAAAUGGAAUCUCUCGAGCAUAUCGGAAGAUUGAUGCAAUCCGGGAUAAUGACGCCGGUUCGGGCGCCGCCGAUAUUCUUCUCGAGAACCCCGAUCUGUGAUAAAAGCUUCAAUUACUCUUACAUGCACAACUAUCGAGGCUCCUAUCCGGCUUCGUUUCUCACACAGCUCACCGUUCUGAUCAGAAGGACCUUUCUGAUCAUCACCAGGGAUAGAACGUUGACCUUAUCCAGAUUCGCCACGCACAUUACCAUAGCCCUUUUCAUAGGCUUCCUGUAUUUCGGGAUAGGCGUCGACGCGUCCAACAUGACGAACAAUUCCAAUUACAUGUUCUUCUCCGAGAUGUUUCUAAUGAUGACUGCCUUCAAUUCCGUACUUACUACUUUUCCUUCCGAGUUGCCUAUUAUAACCAGAGAACAUUUCAAUAAGUGGUACUCGUUGAAAUCCUAUUAUUUGGCCAUAUCGAUAGCGGACAUUCCUGUACAAAUGGCUGCUACGACGUGUUACGGUUUGCUAACGUAUUUCAUGACCCAACAGCCUAUCGAAGGCUACAGAAUAGGUUUAUUCCUGCUGAUGUGCAUGCUUAUAGCCGUCGUAUCGCAAAGUUUCGGACUUCUAAUCGGGGCUACGAUGAGCUUGAACAGCGGUGUGAUCUUCGGUCCGUUCUGUUUUCUACCGUUCACGAUCUUCUCCGGAUUCUUCGUGCAAUUGAACUCGUCCCAUCCGGCGUUCCGUUGGAUCUUCCACGUGUCGUUCCUGAAGUACGGCUUCGAAGGGCUGCUGCUGUCGGUGCUGGGCUACGAUAGGGAGAAGUUGCCGUGCGAUAUCGAAGAUUAUUGCCACUAUACGAGCCCGAAGCGGUUCCUGAGCGAUUUGGACAUGGAGUAUUCGACGUAUUCGUUGGCUGUGAUAUUUUUGGUGGGCCUGUCGGUGGUGCUGAGGCUGGUGGCCUUCGUGGCGUUGAAUUUUAAGGUGAAGAACAGCAGACAGCACCGGUGAGGGGGAAUGUGUUUUGAUAGUCGUUACGAAUAAUAUGUUAUUUUUUUACUAUUUUUUUUUUUAAUUUUUUUUUUCACUCAGAGGAAAUGUGUUCUUAUGUUUUAGUGUACGUUGUAAUUAAGUGUUUUAGUUACAAGCAAAUUAUAUUAAUCAGUGCUCAAAUAUAUUGUUAAUUGGGUUUUUUUUAUAAUUUGUAUUUGCAAUUAUUAAGAAUAAUUAUAGUGUUUUAUUUAUCGAUAAAUGACAUUUUAAUUACGGCUCGAAAACAUUACCAGAUAGGUAAUUUAGAAUUUAUGUAUAAUUUGUAAAAUGAGCCUGCAUAAAAAAAACAAUAGUCGAUUUAUACUUUACGUUUUAUGAAUAUGUGCCUUAUUUACCAAAAAAUAUGUGAUGGUUUUAUUUAAUACAUAAAGGUUAG